AUGAGUUGCCUACUUGCGAAUUAUGUAGAACGAAAAGUUUCGCAUUUUUUUUUCCCUUUUCAUUUUUUGCUGUACACGUUGCGCAGUUGGUUUCUCCAUUUGGCGAUUCUCUUGGCCGUACUGCAUGGGGUAACGCUCUGCAAGAGUGGCCAAGGGGUGGACGCGUCGCGGGUCGUCCCUGCCGUGCCCCCCAUUUUCAGUGUCAUCAGCAGUGAUGUCAAAUUAGAAAACCAAGGGGAUUACGUGAGGAGGUCUCACCACCACCAAGGGGUGAAACUCUACGAGCAAGUCAGGAACAAAUGCAAGGUGUACUUCUUGCCCCUCGUAUGGCCAUGCGGCGGGAAGGGGGGCCAACAAGGUACAAAUAUAGAGAGAGACAAUGAAGGAAACUCCAACAGAACGACUAAUAAAAACGUCAACAAGACCGAUGGAAAUACAGCUGACAAAAACUCUGAGAGGAGCGAUGGGCGCACACCACGGGGCAACGACGAAACCCCGUUCGAAUACCUGGAGAAAAACAUACGACACACGAAACACGAAAUGGAAAAUCUCGCGGCAUAUGUCGCGCAGUCAGAUGCAGUUAUAGUACCCAUGAACUACCAUGACAUUUUAAAUACACAUCUCCUGGACAUUGCCCAGUUUAGCAACUUCCUUAAUGUGAUUGACUUGCUACUUUAUGUGAACCAAACGAAGGAUAACCACAACGUUAUUUUUUACAUAUACAAUUUUCAUGAAGAUGAUGAUGCGUCUGGAGGUAGAAUACAUCACGAUACCUACGUGGAGAAGGAAAAGGCAUCCAUCGUUAAUAUUGUACAGUCGUUUCUUCGGAAUCAUUGGAAAGACAGGUACGACAAAUGUAUAAAGGAGAAAUUCUUUUUUGCAAGAGAGAACACCAUCAAUAUGAAUAAAUGGAAUGACCAAUUUGAGAAAAAGAAGGUCUACUACCGGGUGAAGAUACCCAUGGAGGGUAAUGCUCCCGAAGGGAAAAUAACACCAUCGGAGAGUAGCCCCACAACGAGGGAUCAUAGAAUCUACUCCAUCUUUGAGAACCAUCGUCCAGACGCUUUGAAGAAGCUGACUAGCCAAAAUUACUUCGUCUAUAAUUUCUUUUCCAAUUUGAGAAUUUCCAUUUUGCAUGAAUAUUUAAAAUUGUCUAGCCAACUCAAAGUCGACAAUUUUGAUCCACUACCAGAUGCAGGAAAAAUGAAAAUAAAAAUGAACCAAGUGGCGAAAGAAAUAGACAUGUUGAUAAGCAAAUUUUUACAUUUCCAAUUAAACAAAAGUAUCGUUAGGGAUGAGAAAACUAUUGAACAGAUUAAAAGAAAGCAGCAUUCUUACCUCGUUCAUAUCAUCAUAACCGACUUGCUAGAAAAAUAUGAACACCUUCUGGAAAAUCUUAUUCGACAGUUGUACCAAUUGUAUAGACAGAGAAUAAAAAAAAUAAAAAUAACUUCAAAUAUGAUUAAUGAGUUUUCAAAAGAAAUUAAAAAAAUGGAUAAUCUGUUUCACCUGUACAACUCGUCCAUGUCCUUUGUCCAUUACUUCAAAAACAAAGAGGAUUAUUUUCUGCAAAGGGCUAACUCUAUUGCCCUUCACAUGCAAGCAAAACUCCUACAGAUGAUGAACGAAACCACUACUGAAAUAGUAAACUAUUAUAUAUCACAGGGGGUGUACGUUCGCAACUACAACUUCACUUCUUCUUUUCUUUCCCUGAGGAAAUACUCCUUCUUUUCCUACAUGCUUCAAACUGUCGCCGACAUGUUCAAAAACAGAAUAAGCCUCAGCUUUAACUACCUGUCCCCGAGCGCCUUCGGAUUCUCCUCAUACAAGGACGACCUCUCCUUAUCCCCCAAGAGGGACCUCAUGAUCACCACCAGCGAGAUGGACCAGGUGGAAAAAAUAAACAUUCCCACAAGUACCUACUCCAAGAUUCUCCUGUCAAUGGAAAGGAAUAAGAGGUAA